GCCCUUCUCCACGUGCACGUGUUAGAAAUAAAUAUACUCUAUCCUCCAUCUUGUUUCAUUCGUUCUUGAGCUCUAUUGGGGGUUGGGAAGAGCGCUCCAGGCUACUUUCAGCCUGCCCAGGCCUGUGGGAGCGGAUUGGGCUGACGAGGUAUUGCCAUGAUGACUCCCUUUUAAAUCGAAACAAGGUUGGAGAGGAUUGGAGAAGAGCAGGGGGUUUCAACGUUCCAACGUCUCUUCGAAAGGGGUAAGAGCUCAUUGGGCUUAAGUGUGAAGAGAGUGGUGUGUGAAAGUGUGUGCAUGAGACAGGGCUUAUCUGCAGCAGUUUACCCUGAAGCGAGUGAGGACCAUGAGUAGCGCGUUUCCCUACCUCCGUGAGGAGAAGGGCCGCGAAAACCGGGAAGCGAGUGUUGUACGUCAUUUGUCCGUUGUUCCGUGUUAGGCACCUCCCCAGGUUAGACAGAGAGGCUACCUAGACAGAGAGGCUACCUGAGUGUCGUCUGAACACGGGAGGGGAAGGGUGCAUCGGAAUGUUAUCUGUCUGUUGUUUUGUCUCAGACAUCCCCCCAGGUAGACAGAGAGGCUACCCCCAAAAGUCAUACGUCAUCUGCAAAGGGCAGAUAGGACUGGACAGGGAACAUGGGGCAGGGUGCUUCAAAACAGGACAAGAUGGAGAGGACAGAACAGAGGAAAGUUAAGAAAGGGUCUGGAAAGACUCAAAAGAAAAAGGGCGAUUGGAAAAUGACCCCCCUUGAAUGUAUUUUGCAAAAUUUCUCUGAGUUUAAGAAAAGUGUUGUCUCUUCUGGAGGGCCGGUCCCGAAUGAAGAGCAGUUGUCAAUAUUUUGUAAUGAAGCAUGGGUGGAGCUGGCUAUUGAUUGGCCAUUGGGAGGAACGUUUAACAUUACAAGGGCUCAACAGUUGGAAGCCACCCUUUUUGACAUGCUGCCAGACGAGUUAACAUCGUGGUGGUAUGCUAGGGGGUGGAGAAUCAUCUGCCUAGACCCACCUUCAGAGUGUGCACUGGAAAUGGCUUUGGCUCAAUGCCAAAUUAAUAAGGGAAAGAAAUUGGAAAUAAAACCCCCAGUUCUUCAGGCAGAAGAAGAAGAAUGGCUGGUUUCGCCUAUGGCUCCACCUCCGGCCAUUCCUUUGCCAGCACCACCAGUAUUACUAGUGCCACCACAGGGAAUUCAGCCACCACAGGCGGUCCAAUUGCCAGCAGCCCAAAUUGAGCCACCUACCCAGGCUCAGGCUGAAUCGUCAGUUCAGGCUGUGCCAUCAGUUCAAGUACAGCCCCCAACGUAUCAACAGUCUAUUGUUCAGCAGACCCAGUCCGCCAGUUUUGGAACCCCUUCUUCUGGAAGUACAGCAAUGGAACAAGAUUUAAGUCAAUCACCUAUUGCUGGAACUUCGUCUGGAACUGCAGUGACGUUCCAGGAUUUAAGUCAAUCCUUAAGGCGAAUACGACAAGAAUAUGAUAUUUUGGAUCGUUAUGCUUAUUCUGUGCGACAAAGCCAGAAUUUAGGAGCCUCCUCCCCAAAUGAUUGACCCACGUCUCCGGAUGAUUGAGGAAGUUAGGAGGGAGAACCAAGGAAUGGACAGACAUACCUUGCGGAGUGGGCACACAUAUAGCUCCACUCCCAUAAGUAGAGAUGAAGGCAGAAAUAGUCUUGCACCAGAAGAUAUUUUGGCCGAUGCCUCUCACCUUAUGGCACCAAUGCGAGAGAUGUUGGAUGGCCAGGGACAAGUUGCGUGCCCUUUACGACUUCUGAUUUAUAUAAUUGGAAAAAACAGACGCCAGGCUUGAGAGAAGACCAAGAUAAACAUUGCCAAUUAUGGGAGACUAUUUUUGCUAGCCACCACCCUACUUGGGCUGAUAUUCAGACAUUGAUGAAUACCCUUCUCAGUUCAGAAGAAAAGUCACUAGUACUUUCUCAGGCCACGGCUCUUGCAUUGGAAGAGCAGAGACAAGGUGGUAAUGCACCCGGUUUAGCCCCAGUACAUGUUUUACCGACACAAGAACCUCGUAGAUGGAUUCAAACCCCAGGAAUAGGAGCCCCGGAGAUUACUAGAUAUAAAAGACUAAUACUACAUGGACUUAAACAUGCCAUUCCUAAGCCAAUGAAUGUGGCAAAGAUAUAUGAAAUCCAUCAAGAGAAAGAGGAAACUCCCUCUUUUCUUAAUCGUCUUACCACAGCCAUGCGAAGAUUUACCACUCUUAAUCCAGAGGCGGAUGAAAAUCAACGGCUUUUAAUUUCCUUGUUUAUUGGCCAAAGUUCUUCAGAUAUUCGGAAGAAGUUGCAGAAGGUGGAAGGGGUGACGGGUAUGAGACUGGGACAAAUAAUGGACAUUGCGUUCAAGGUUUAUGUAAACAGGGAUGAACUAAGUAAAAAGGAAGAAGGAAAGUUAAUGAAAAAGCAAUGUAGCAUGCUUGAAAAGCAGUGCGAUCUGAUUGCGGCAGUGGUUAGUGUAAACCAAAUAGAUAAGGCAAGAGGGCCACGGAGGAGAUUGCAGAAGGACCAGUGUGCGAAGUGUUUGAAAAGAGGCCAUUGGGCAAAAGACUGUAGAAAUAAGGAGGUAUCUAGACCUCGCCAAGAUGGACGGGGAGGCCCACUUGAUUCAAAUCCACCCUAUGAGCGGAUGAUGGCUGCUAAAGGGGAACAGGAGGAAUCAGAAUGAAGAUGGACGGGAUAUGAGGGCGGCUCGUGGGAAGAACCAUAUGUGUCCCUUACCCUGAAUAAUUCGGCGAUCCAAGGACUAGUAGAUACAGGAGCGGCCUUCUCUAUGAUUCCACGAGCAAUGUCCUGUCUACCCUUGACCCUCACUAAAGAAACCAAAGAUGUAAUGGGAAUAGAAGGACACCGUCGUCGAGUCCCUUUGUCCCAACCCAUCCAGGUACACCUUCCAGGAAGAGAAGAUAAACAACAAUAUUUUACACAUCAGUUUUUGGUUUCAGAUGAUUGCCCUAUUGCAAUAUUUGGAAGGGACCUUCUAGCAAAGCUUCAAGCCCAAAUCAUAUUUAAAGGAAAAACCUUGGAAGUGAUGAUACCAAAGCAACAAGAAUGAGCUUUCCAAAUGAUCCUAAGGGGGGAGCCAGAAGUUAAAGAGAAACAACAGUGGGAGCCUCCGGAGGGGAUCCAUCCUGAUAUUUGGGCCAGAAAGAAUAAUCCUGCUCGUGCAAUCAAUGCUGAACCAGUGAAGGUCAGAUUGAAGCCUGGGGUAGGCCCAACUCCAGUACAUCAAUUUCCUUUGAAGCUGGAAGUACGCCUGAGUCUGAAGGAAUUAGUAACGGACUUUAUCCAUUAUCAAUGGUUACAUCAAACUACUAGUCCUCAUAAUACCCCCAUAUUUGGAGUUCCCAAGGAAGGCCGCCCAGGACAGUAUAGGAUGGUGCAAGACUUGCGAACUAUCAAUGAAAAAGUUUUAGAAGAUGUUCCAGUAGUGCCAAACCCACAUACUCUGUUGGCUCAUGUACCUGGCAAUACUACCCGAUUUACUGUGAUUGAUUUAAAGGAUGCAUUCUUUUCAGUACCCCUUCAUGAAGAUAGUCAAGAUCUUUUUGCAUUCCAAUGGGAAGACCCAGUUGACCAUCGGCAGUGUCAACUAACCUGGUCCGUAUUACCUCAAGGAUUCAUCAGUUCCCCAUCUGAAUUUACUAAGGCAUUGCAGAAAGAUUUAGGACCAUGGUAUCAACGACAACCAAAGUCAGCAUUGCUGGUCUAUGUGGAUGAUCUUUUGAUCUGUAGCCCAGAUAAGAGGAGCAAUGAACAGGAUGCUGUGAGCCUAUUGAAUCAUUUGCAUACUUGUGGAUAUCGAGUGUCCAAGGAUAAGGUACAAUGGAACCAGAAGCAAGUAACGUACCUAGGAUACUAACUAUCACAAGAGGGAUGAAUGAUCAACUGAAAGGCGGACAGCGAUUUGUGGUUUACCACCACCAACAAAUGUUAGGGAGCUACGAUCGUUCUUGGGUUUGGCUGGCUUUUGCCGACAGUGGAUACCAAACUACAGUAGCUAUGCCACUCCUUUGUAUGAGUUAUUGAAGAAGGAAACAGAUUGGAAAUGGACUAAAGAAUGUCACCAAGCUUUUGAAGACAUCAAACAAGCUUUGCAGAAAGCACCAGCUUUAGCCUUACCAGAUGGGCUUAAACCAUAUAGACUUUAUGUUUCAGAAAACAAGGGAACUGCGAGUGGAGUUUUGACACAGCAGUGGGGCCCUGAUCAUUUACCUGUGGGUUACUAUUCGUCUCAAUUGGAUCCUAUAGCAAGAGGAUGGCCAGCAUGUCUGCAAAUUGUGGCAGCUACAGGAAUCCUUUUGAAGAAAGCUGAAAAGAUCAUGAUGGGAGCCCCGGUAGAAGUACUAGGACGUCAUGAUUUGAAAAGGAUCUUGGGAGAGAAGGCAGCUAAGGUCCUUAGCCCAAGUCGGCUUACCCAGUAUGAACAGCAGCUGCUAGGACGACAAGGUUUACAUCUGAAAGCUUGUAAUACCUUGAAUCCAGCAACAUUACUGCCCCAACCGGGAGAAUUAAUACAUGAUUGUAUACAGACAUUGGAAUACUCAUUGAAACCUCGGAUAGAUUUGACUGAUCAGCCAAUAGCAGGACGACAUUUAUAUGUGGAUGGAAGUUCGAAGGUAAUAGAUGGACAGCGGUAUGCAGGCUGCGCUGUGUGUGAGGACCUGAGACCUAUAAAAAGUGUUAAAUUGCCACCUACCUAUUCAACCCAGAUGGCGGAAUUGGCCGCAGCCAUAGAGGCUUUGAAAGAAUUGAGUCAACAAGAAGGGAAUAUAUAUACUGAUUCUAAGUAUGUAUUUCAAACUGCACAUGCCUUCGCUAUGUUGUGGAAGGAAAGAGGUUUUAUUAAAAGUGAUGGACACAGAAUUGAACAUCAACAGAUGAUAAAGGAAUUCCUGGAAUGUGUCCAGUUACCAAAGAAAGUAGCUAUUGUUCAUGUGAAGGCCCAUGGAAAAGAAUCAGAUUCAGCUAGGCGAAAGGGGAAUCACCAAGCGGAUGAAGCAGCUAAGGAAGCAGCAUUGAGUGGACAGCCGUUGGAGAAGAAUUUAAUGAGCAUUAUGAUCCCAUGGAGAGAGUUGAUCCCUCAAUAUUCUAAAAAGGAAGAAGAUGCUGCAAUACAGUAUGGGGCUCAGAAGUUAUCCAAUGGUUGGUGGCAAUUACCUACAGGAUUAAUUUUUGUCCCAAAGGCAGUGCUUCGAGUUCUUGUACUAGAGACUCAUAAACAGACUCAUCUUGGAGGCAACGCUUUAGGAGAUCUUUUAAUCAGACAAGUGGUUGCACCUGGAUUAUAUGAAGAGACCAAGCGAGCAGUAUAUGGAUGUACUAUCUGCGCAGCAACUAAUCCUGCUCCAAAGCCACCGCCAGCCAUGGGAGGAAGACCAUGGGCCUACUAUCCUUUCCAGCGAUUACAAAUAGACUUUGCAGAAUUACCAAGAUGUGCAGGGUAUAAGUACCUGCUAGUUAUAAUAGAUCAAUUGACAGGAUGGAUAGAGGCCUUUCCCACACGAGCAGCAACAGCAAUUACAGUAGCAAAGAUACUGCUGAAGGAAUUUUUUCCAAGAUAUUCUAUGCCAGAGACAUUUGAGUCAGACCAAGGCCCACAUUUUGUGAGUAAAAUAAUUUGUGCUGUAAGUGUGGCCUUGGGAUUCAAGUGGAACCUCCAUACCCCAUGGAGACCACAAUCAUCCGGUCAAGUUGAACGUGCUAACUGGACGGUUAAGACUUUGUUGACUAAGCUUUGCCAAGAGACAAAGUUGAAUUGGAUAACAGCAUUGCCAUUGGCUUUAACCAUCAUGAGAAAUACUCCAAGGGGAAAAACAAAAUUGACUCCUUUUGAGUCACUGUUUGGCAGACCUCCCAAUGAGCCUGGGCCCCAGACAGAAAUUAAUGGGGAAUUGGGAAACAGACAAUUAUUAGAAUAUGUUACUGCCUUGCAGGGUGUCUUGUCUUCUAUUCACAGGCAUAAUCGUGAGUUUCAGAGGUUACCCUUGGAUGUGGCCAUUCACCAAUACCAACCAGGAGAUUGGAUACGAGUUCGGAAGUGGAAGCAAGAGCCUUUGCGGCCCACGUGGGGAUCACCGGAGCAGAUCAUUUUGAUUACCAAAUCGGCAGUAAAGCUCGUAGGCCAUAAGCGGUGGGUCCAUGCCAGUAGGAUAAAGAAAGCGGAACCUAUAAUUACCCAGGAACCAGAGAAGGGAGUAGCCAAGGACUCCCCACCUGGAGAGGCGAAGGAUCAGACGCCUGAAGAAAAGUGGUUGUCGGAAACCGUGCCGGGUUUCAACCUGAAGCUCAAGUUGAAGAAACAGAGAGACUGAGAUUGUAUGGGAGGUUCACGGAAACCUUUCCCCAUCCAGUACCAGGAGAUCCUAGGAGGAAGGUUCCAAUAACAAUAGUUCAAAUUGUAGAUACGUGUACUAAUAAUAGAAAGCAACAUCUACAUACUGUUGCUCGAACCUUUCUGAAUUCUGUUCUACCGCCCGAUAUUGAUCUAAAGACUGUACGUCUGAGGUGGUAAAUGGGAGGAUCACCACCAACGUUGCCACCGGAAUCAUACACUGUAGAUUGGAGAAUUGAAUCUUUGCAAACUUGGGGACGUGUUGAAGUAAAAGUUUUUUUGCCCCAUGUUCCAUUGAUUGCCAAUAUACCAAGAGAUCCUAGGCAGUAUUAUUAUCAUCCUAAAAUAGAAGCAAAUCUUACGUACAGGCGACGAGUGUGGCGUGUAAGGGCAGGUCAUUAUAUCCUUGAUCAAGGCCCUUAAGUCAAUGGGAGGAAGUGUUCCACCUUCCCCAUUAAUUGCAAUAAUAGCUGCAAGAAAUGAAAGGAACUAUCAAAGGUAUCUUCGAGUUCCUGUAGUAGUAAUUCAGAAACGACCACCUUUACUUGGUUCACGCCUUGAUAGACCAUAUCAGUGGCAUACAGUGGUUCGGACUUGGGUGAAUCACAGAAUUCCAAACAGUGGUAUUAGAUUUGUGUACUAGAUUUGUGGCCUAAGUUGUAUCUCAUGUUAAAAUGGGAAGAAACUCAGCAGAUAUUAAUUCUCUAGGCUUUAAGCCUAUCCUUGGUACUAUUUUGUGUCUCACUUCUUUAUUUGUGGUAUAUAUCUGCCUCCCAACUCCUUUUUCCACUCAAGAAGCGAGAAUAUGUAGAGAUCAAAGGAGCUCAUUCCAGAAGGAAAAAAGGGAAAGUGUGUUUGUUGAACUCGCUCAAGAGGUAGCCAAAGGGUUUAACCUUACAAAUUGUUGGAUCUGUGGAAGUCCAAAAGGAUUUUUGAAAUGGCCAUGGAUAGGAUUUCCCCUUGCACCCUACUGGCUUUUAAGUAACAAAAGUGAAGUACAUGUUAAUCUGAGCACCUGGACAGAACCACAUGAAUGGGAAUUGUACAAAUCAAGUUUGGGCAAAUAUUGUCUCCAACAGAAUAUUUCGAAAGGCAAAUAUGUUGGAGCCAGUAAAUGUAAUUGGACAUUGGGAUGGCGUGAAUAUUGUUCCAUUGGUAAUUGUCCAGUUACAAACUGUACUAAAUUUGUUUCCCAAUGGAAUAAUACACACAUCCAACUCGAAAAUGGAACAUGGUAUUCAUGUAUUCCUGGUGCACGUAAUCGGAGUUCAUGUAGGUCUAAAUGUUCAGAUCCUUACACAGAUAUUCAAUUGAGUGACUGCCAAGAAAGAAAUUUAACGAUUCCUACCAUCUUAAAAGAUCAAGGUUGGCUAUGGAAACACCUUAAUGGAACCAUUAUUAUGGGAUUUCAGAAUUAUUGGACAGUAUGGAACCAAACUAAUAAUGAUACUAGAUGUACAUACAGAAAUGAAUCCCAAUUAUGGAAGUGUAAUUUUGUUUUGGGACAAGGAUACCGCAUUGUCACAGGCCCUCUCGGUGCAAAGGAUACAUAUUAUAUUCCUUAUAAUAAAAAUUCUCCAAUUUUACACAAUACUACUAUGCCUGCAUUGAAAGGACACUAUUGGAUUUGUGAUCAAAAGGCUUAUGCAAUUCUCCCUUUAAAUUGGACUGGUAUUUGUUAUGUUGGAAUCAUACAGCCAAUGUAUACUAUAAAAGGUGGAAGUCUAAAUCCUUUAGUUCCAGUGUUUGAUGGAGAACAAUCUGAAAGAAAGAGAAGGGCACUUGAUCUUUCUUUAACAAAAGGCCAAGACAAUGGUUGGAGAGAUACUUGGACUCCAGAAAGGAUAAUUGAACAUUAUGAUCCUGCUUCAUGGGCACAAGAUGGUUCAGUGGGUUACCGCGGCCCAAUAUAUAUUUUGAAUCGCCUUAUUAGACUUCAGGCGGUAAUAGAAAUAAUAACCAAUCAAACAGCUGAAGCUUUAACCUUGCUUGCUGAUCAAUCAACUCAAAUGAGAGAAGCGAUACUUCAAAACCGAUUGGCCUUGGAUUAUUUGUUAGCUAAAGAAGGAGGUGUCUGCGGACUCCUUAAUUUGACAGAAUGUUGUGUGAAAAUUGAUGACAACGGCAAUAUAGUGAAAGACAUUGCUAAUAAAAUCAAAAAGCUUGCUUAUGUCCCAGUACAAACUUGGAAAGAAAUAAAUCUUGGAGCUUGGGGAAGUUGGUUCAAUUGGUUUGGAGGAAUGAAGACAAUGAUUGUAUUGGUUCUUUUGAUUUUAAUGGGAUGUAUGCUCUUACCUUGCCUAAUGCCUGUAAUCAUGAAUGGUAUUCGUAGCAUAAUAGAUAAUGCAGUAACUAAAAGUAGUAUGCAAAUGUAUGGAAGAAUUAUGUAUCAACAAGUGAUUCAGAAUGAAGAAGCUAUAUGAUAUAAAUAUCAAAAAGCUUCUAAGGGGGGAAUUGUGACACUGAAUUCUGUUUGUUUGACUGUUUGAAUUAAUAACAUAUUUUGUUCAAUUAAGCUUUCUUUGCAUAGUCUAAGUAAAAAGGAGUAUUAGGCCUGGUUUGCUGUUUUGAAUUCAUAGUAGAAAUGUAUUGAGAAUCACAUUGCUUGUGCUAAAAUGCUGACAAUUAAUUUACUUGUGUGUGUAAAGAGAAAUGCUAACUUGCUGAAUUGCAGAACCAUUGUUUGUUUAAAGCUGUGUCUGCAAAAUAGAUAACUGUAUUCUCACAGGCUUUUAGUUGCAAAUGCACCUGUGCCGAAGAAAGUAUCAGACUAUGUUGCACAUGUACAAGGCUAAGAUGAACAUAACAAGAUAACAAGUGUGAAAAACAACUUCUAAAUAUGGUUAUGAGGAGGAAAUGGGCAUGGAUUAAUGAUGUAGUUAUGAUGUAGAUGUGAUGAAAUUGAUGCAUGGAUAAUUAGUAAAAUAAAGCUUAUAAAAAGGCCAGCACAGCAGAGUCGGUCAGAACUGGCUUGGCCCUUCUCCAC